CCAUUGUUCAGUAUCAAAAAUCGUGCUGUGACUGUUCGGGCGAGUAGAAAAACUAUGAGUAAAUUUUUAGAAGUUUUAGCUGCUGCGUACAAAUCGGUGCUUCCUGGCAAACAAACCGCCGUUCCAGAAAACAAAAUCUAGAAACCAAAUCAGCGGAUCGGUACAGAAGGCAAGAUGGUGGAGUUCGGCUUCGACCUCAAGCACCUAUUUCCCCAGCCGAUCAUCCGGGUGCAGGCGGACUCGCUGCAUCCCAAGGUCCUGUCCACCGGUCCCCGGGCCCAUCCAUUCAUACCGUACCAACGCCAGCGAGGAGUUGGCCAACCGGCGGUGCCGCCGGGGGGGCCCAGCUGCGAAUUGAGCCAGAUCGUGGACGUGAUGGGGCAGCUGUCGGCGGUUGCCCAGGGACUGCGCUAUCCGGUGACCACCGCCGCAAAGUUGGCACCCGACCAGGUGGUCUACCUGCUGGCCGACAAGGAUGCGGCGGGCCGAUGGUCAGUUGCCGGGCUACUCAAGGUCGGCACCAAGGACCUCUUUGUGUUCGACAACAAGGGUUCCUGCCGCCGGGCGAAUCAAACUCCAGCCAUCCUGGACUUCUAUGUCCACGAGUCACGCCAACGCCGUGGCCUGGGCAAGCAGCUCUUUCAGCGCAUGCUGGAUGAACAGGGCUGGACAGCUGGCAAAUGCUCGGUGGAUCGGCCCUCGGAGAAGCUACUCGCUUUCCUGGGCAAGCACUACGGCCUGGUAAGCACCAUUCCCCAGGGGAACCACUUUGUGCUCUACGAGGGCUUCUUCGAGGAUCCGCAUGCCAAGAUCGUUUCGGCCCGCAGUCGUGUGCCGGACGGCAGGGAUCGCAGCCAGAGUCAGGGUCACCAUCUGCGGCAGACACAGACGCAGGUCCAGACGCAGCAGCAGAAGCAGCAGCAGCAGCAGGGUCUGGGCACUGGGCAGACCAUUGGCAAUCCCAGACACUACCGACGGGACACCCUCAAUCAGGGGUCGGGAGCGAGCCUGGCAGCAUCGCUGCAUGAACGUGGGCCCUGGACUACCAGCAUGGACUACAUGGCCGGCUCCAGGGGCAGAAGAGGAGACCAUUAGGUGUACCCAUACCCGUUCCCUUGCCCGUAACCCCGUCCCCUCACUCCAAGGCGAGUUAACGCUUGGCUCGUUUCCAUUGAGGGCAUCAUCGCACACAAAAUUGCUAGUUUAUGUUAAAAUUUUAAUGGUUCCUAACUGUUAUAUAAUUCAAUCAUCCAGAAAAACGACAAAAGAAAUCCACAUUUCCGGGUUUGACUAAAUAAAU